AUGCAAAUGCUCCUCCUACAGAUUCUCUCGUCUACAUUCCUGCUCUUUACCGUCCACACGACAGCAUCUCCUCUAUGGUGGGACGACCAUCUUGAGCCGCCGUCCAGCACAACCGGCGGCGACUUCAGCUACCCGAUCCGCCCGCGCGAUCCAGCCAACACCUCUGUCAACCCCAACGCCGUGACGGGGACGACUUGCGUAGACCGCACGGCGGUCCUCAACACGCACGAUACCAACGUCGCCAUCCUGUCCAUCUGCGGCGGCAUCGCCGGCACGAUAGAGUUCUGCGGAGGCGACCCGUCGACGACUGUGGGGGCGUCGGGGACUUCAAAGUUUACCUUGACGGCCGUGAAUGCAGCACAGGGCGCCACGAUCAACGUGAGCAAGGGAAGAUGGGAAGGAUGUGUGAGGGCGGCACAGGCAGUUUGUCCGACGGGGACGUUUAGCAGCACGUGUAUAGGUGGGACCAGUGACGGGGCAGGAUUCACUUUUGUGCUGAGCGAGAAUAAUUGA